AGCUUCAGUCUGCGGCUCAUUCAUUGCUUGUCGUCGCGCUCAACUCGCUGUUAAACUAACAGCAAGCCAAUUAAAACGAACAGUAUUACGCGUCCCAAUUAAUAGUACAAUUAAUAUUUUUUUAACUAUAAACAAAUGCCGUACGCAUCCGUCAAACAGCGAUAAGCAACAAGUGUGCACACACCCCUCGCCGCUCGCCCGCUUAAACACAAUCGUUUGAAAUUCGUAGAGCCAAACAAAUCAAAAAGCUGUUGUUUGUUUUGCUAUUAUUGUCAAUUGAAGUACAACAACAAAAAUCAGAGGCUGAAUCAGUGUUUAGAAGAACUAAGAACGUGGCACUUUCGAGCGAGUAAACAAUCUGGGAGAAUCCAGCAGAACGUCUGCUUGGAAAACAAUUAAGAAAACUUGUUUUUCCCCAGACUGACAUUUGCUGCGAUAACACCAACACGCACAUAAAUUAUAAAGACGCUGCAACGCGAGCAAUUACAAUAGAAUAUCAGUGGCAGUCAGAGACAGGCACCAAGAAGAAGAAGAAGGCACCAAAAUCAAAACAAAAACAAACAAAUUAUAAAGAUGAUAGCUGGUUAUGGACCCGUAACACAAGCCCUACUGGGUACACUCCUAACCUGGGGCCUAACAGCAGCUGGUGCUGCCAUGGUCAUCUUUGUGCGAGGCACACAGAGAAGAUCACUGGAUGCAGCCCUGGGCUUUGCAGCUGGUGUUAUGAUUGCUGCCUCGUUCUGGUCACUACUUGGACCGGCUAUUGAAAUGGCCGAGUCAUCGCAUUUAUAUGGCAUUUACUCAUUUCUGCCAGUGGCUGGUGGAUUUCUACUGGGCGCAAUCUUUGUUUAUGGCUGUGACAAGUUGAUGUGUUAUUUGGGCCUGAAUAGCACCAAUAUGAUGAUACAAAUGACACAGAGCAACAAGGAUAAAGCAGACAUUGCCAUCGAUGAGCUGAAGCACAAUGGAGCGAACGCCAGGCUGACGUCCAAGAGUCUGGACAGCUUCUCGGAUUGCCUCAGUGUGCAACACAGCGGAGAGUCGCGACGCCGCAAGAAGGGCAGCAUUUGUGAGGUGGAGCAGUGUACAUACACGGCGGAGGCGGCACUGGAGCAGCAGCGUACACAGGAGGCGCUAUCGCAAUGGAAACGCAUCAUGUUGCUGGUGGUGGCCAUCACCGUACACAAUAUACCCGAGGGAUUGGCGGUCGGAGUCAGCUUUGGCGCUGUGGGCACUACAAACUCCUCGACCUUCGAGAGUGCACGAAAUCUGGCCAUUGGCAUUGGCAUACAGAACUUCCCGGAGGGAUUGGCCGUCAGUCUGCCGUUGCAUGCAGCCGGAUUUAGUGUGAUGCGUGCCUUGUGGUAUGGACAAUUGUCUGGCAUGGUGGAGCCAAUCUUUGGCGUACUAGGAGCCGUUGCAGUGACAUUCGCUAAUCUUAUACUGCCAUAUGCCUUGUCAUUUGCUGCUGGCGCCAUGAUUUACAUAGUAUCCGACGAUAUAUUGCCGGAGGCACAUGCCAGUGGCAAUGGAACGAUUGCAACAUGGGGAACUAUUUCUGGAUUCUUGAUAAUGAUGUGCCUGGAGGUGGCGCUAUCCUGAUGUGGCCACCCAACAUCCCACACCCAACACAGACAUGUUCCUACACACAGGACUCAUAAAUCAUUAGUGUUUAAAUUGCAAAUUUUCAAACGUACUUAAAACAAUGCGCAUUUCUUGUAUGUAAAUAGCAACAGAACUGGCUUUUAUAUCAUAUUGUCCAGUACUUUUAUUUGUAUAUAUACUAUAUAGUAAUGUGUGUCUGUUCAAAUCUCAGAAAAAACGUUGCCUGUUAGCGCGUUUAACGCCAGCCCAAAAUGAAUAACUAUUUUUUAUAGAAGUAACUUGAACAUUAUGUAUAUUUAAUACCCCCGACUCCCGACGUACUCUACUAUCGAGUUAUGUAAAUGAAUGAUUAUUAUAAUAAUAUAGUAGCAUCGUAAAAUGUAUUCUUGUGAAGUGGCGGUAAACAGACGUACGUGCAUGUAAAAUAGGUUUUAAGUUGUCAGGCGUUAAACAUUCAGCUUGUCUGGUUUUUAAAUUGUCGUCAUAUUUAUAAGUAAUAAAACAUAAUGUAUGUACAUAUUAUAUACUAUA